AGCCUCCUGUGUACUGUCUGUGGUUGAAGUUUGGAAUACAGUCCGGACAUGUUCAAAUGGUCCAUCAUAAUGUUGUGUGUGUGCGUGUGUGUGUGUGUGCGUGUGUUGGUGCUUUUCCUAAAUACCUAAUGUAGCUUCCAAUGGUGUUGCCGCCGUUUGGAUGGCAAUAGGCUAAUCUCUGGUGUGUUGUACACAGAAGGCGCUAUGGAGACAGUUACCGUGCCAGUGUGGUGUGGUGAGUGUGCUUAGGGGAGGAGGAGGAGGUGAAGUCAGGACCUCACAAGACAACCAAAUGCGACGAAUGUCCGAAAACAAAGCGACCAACAACAGAAAUGUGAACAAAGAAAAGGAAGACAGUGAACUGAAAGGUUCAUUUCACAUUGGCACAGGACAUACAGUGUGAAAUGGAUAUGGACCUGCAUUGCUGGGGCAGUGGGGAGCUUGGCCAGACUGGACAUGGCAGUCCAGGGCACCUUGGUCCAGAAGAAGCUCAUCUGAGAGAGUUCACAAAGGCAAGGCUGGGCAGAGUGAAGCUCCUGGCAUGCGGAUCCAGUCAUUCCAUUGUGGUCACAGCUCCUGGUAUUGUCUUGGUCCUUGCUGACAACAAAGGGGAUAAAUGCAACGCCUACUUGGACAACAAAGUCUUUGCAUGGGGAAAUGGAACCAGUGGACAGCUUGGUGACGGAGAGAGGGCAGUAAAGGACCAGCCAGUUGAGGUUAAGUUGCAGCAGGAACUGAACGUUAAAGGAAGCGAUGCAGAUGUGGAUCUCGUCAACAUAGUGGGUGUUGCCUGUGGAAGCAGACACUCCUUCAUAUGGACUGAAGCUGGGCAGGGCUACAGUUUUGGGAACAACUUUUAUGCCCAGCUAGGUUAUGACGUCCAGAAGCUUGACUUCAAAGACCACCAGCUGGCACCACGUUUGUUCCAGAAUCUUCCAUCACCUCUGAAAAUAUCUCAAGUGUCCUGCGGAGAGCGACACACCCUGUUUGGGCUGGAGGACGGCAGCGUGGCGGCAUGUGGGCAAAAUGACUACGGACAAAUUGGCAGUGGUUCUAAAGAAAAUGUGUUUGUCCCUUGCUUUGUCGAGUUUGUGGACCGUGUGUCGAAGGUCACCUGUGGGGCAAACCAUAAUCUUGCACUGACAGGUGACGGCAGGUUGUUUCAGUGGGGCUGUGGACGGGCAUGUGGCAACUUAAAGAGGAACAUCCUUCUCCCAGAGGAAGUGACGCCACCAAGCUUGCCAUUGAGAGACAUUGCUGGAGGAUGUUGGCAUAGCCUGCUUCUAACAGAUGGUGGGAAUGUCUUCUCCUGGGGGAUGGGCCAAGAGACCAACUCACCGAUGAGGCAUUGCAUUGCCAGGCAGUUGCACAUGAUGGGACAGCUCGGCCUCGGGGACGACAGGAUUCAUAUCUCCACUCCUUGUCUUCUUAACUAUUCUCAGCUAGCCGAGGUCACACAGAUACAAGCAGGAGACAGCUACAGUGCAGCCGUCACAGCAGGCGGAGAGCUCCUUCUCUGGGGUCGGAUCCCCUGCGUGUCCCGGGUCAUUGAUCAUCCAGGCCUAAAAAAGAUCUGGACCCCACAGCCGGUUUCACUUGCAAGCAGAAAAUCCCAUUCAAUUCAGCGAAAUCCUAAAAUCCUGUUGCAGGUGUGUGAUGUAGCCUGUGGUACCUUGCACAUGAUGGCCCUCACCACAAAGAGCAGAGAGAAGAACAGAGAAUGUGUUCACUCAGAAACUGAAGCUGGCUUCAGAGACCUUGUCAGCGAUCCCUUCCUGAUGGAGCACACAGGGAAAGAAAACACAGUGCAAGACUCCAGGCACUUGCUUCGCAGACUGGAGAGAAGAGAGGGCUCCAAGGACCAGAAGAAAGAGGAAGAAAGUGAGAGUGCAGAGGAAGAAGAAAUACUUGAAGAAAAACCACACCAAGUUGGGGGAGAUGAAGCGUUACACGACUCAGAAUUUGCCGUAUCCAGGUCUUCAACAGGGAUGGACGAGAGAGGAAAUGACCACUCAUCAGUCAAAUCUGACCACGGGGAUGAGAGGGAGAGAUGGAGGACAGCUAGACAAUGGGAGCUGAGGAAAGAACCAUGGAGAAGCAGAGGAAGCAGAGACAUAGUAUUCACCACUUUGCAUCUUUUACCCAGGUCAGAGCCGAGCAGGCCCACUGCCACCACCUUGCCCCGGCUAAUGACAGGACAACAAGUUCACAGCAGAGCUCUAGACGAAGCUUGGAAGGAGAGAUCUACACAUCUGAUUGAAUUGGUCCCAAAAUGUGAAAGUGACCCCAACUUUGGUCCCAUGCCCAGACCAAAACCCAGACCUCCUGGGAGCUGUACUGGUCCUCCGGAUCAAAGCGUAGCCUCUUGUCCCCAUUCAAAAAUUAGACAACUCAUUGACCUCAAAUCACCGAUUUACAAUUCUUCUCUCCAUCUGAGCCCUGGACAACAAGCUCAAAUGUCAUCCCCUUCCUUCCCCCCGGGACCACGUGUCGGAACGUCUCUUCCUCCAACACCAUCCUCUUCUGAACUAUUUCAGUACUACCCUACACACAGACGAGUGGUUUCUUCUUCUAGUACUCCUCAGAAGAAUCCAUAAGAAUUCACAGAUCCAGUUCUGUGCACUAGUAGAGUUCAUCUGAUGUUUAAAUGUUUGUACAUGUUGCAGAUAAUACACAUCUCGUUCAUAAUAUCAUCAGCAUCGAAAGCAUUUUUACGCAAUAAUCUCCAGAAAUGACUUGAUACAGUGAGAGAAGUGUGCACUCGAUUAUUAUUAUCGUGAUCUGCUUGAUGAUGCUUUUCUGUAGACCACACACAAAGCGAAAUACGUUUGGCUUCAAGGUAACUGACAAACAGCCUGUUUCGCUCUGUCAGAGCUCUAGAAAGCAGACUUCAAUUCAGCUUCAUCCCACACUGUGAUUUGGCAAAUAUACUCCUCUUAUGAACCAUCUCAGUCAACGACUCUCAUCCACCUCGACCUCAUCGGAAAGCAUUAGACGUUGGUCUUACAGUCAAAGAUGUUUGUAGGAGCUGCAAAGUCCUUGAAUCAGUACAUUUCAACAGAACUUGAGAAGGGUGAGGUUUUUUCCCCCAGUACUUUUGAGCCACAUUCAUUUUUAAUACUUACGAUAUGUUGUAUAUUAAAGACAAACGCCCCCUCAGAUCGUGGCCUCUUGUAAGACACUGGAGUGCUUUCAUGGCGUCCUCUGCCGUAUGAGUGCACUCCUAAUACGGCUCUUUUGAGUGUGAGGAAAUUGAGUUGUUGUCGAGAUACCACAU